ACUUAUAUUAGAAAACCUAAGUGUUGAACAUAAAAAACCAGCCCCUUCUUCUUCAGAAAGAUCGUCCAAUGAAUCUGUAGUCUGCGCAAAACUCGGUAGCCUCAAUAUGGGCUUUGAUGAAGAUGAUAAUCCAUUUACUCAUCACCGUAAAAUCAAAUAUGAUAUCAACAGCAAAAUUAUGCUCAGUGCCAUAAUAUCACUAUCCAUAGUUGUUUUCCUUGUUACUAUUCUCCAUAUGUACAUUAGAUGUGUCAUUAGACGUCGUCGCCAAGCUCAAGGCCGAGCUAUGUUCGGCACGAGCUUGGUUACAAGUAUUGUGUCACAAGUUGAGCCACCAAAAAAUGGGCUUGAUCCAUCUAUUAUAGCUUCACUCCCAAUAUUUGUUUACAAGCAAAGUGAUGACCAUAACAUGGACGAGGCAAUUACUAAUCCAAUUGAGUGUUCAGUUUGUUUGAGUAUUCUUGAAGAUGGUGAAAUUGUUAGAAUUUUGCCUAAUUGCAAGCACACUUUCCACAUAGAGUGUAUUGACAAAUGGUUCAAUUGUCAUUCUACAUGUCCUAUAUGUCGAGCUGAGGCGAAACCUCAGGUAUUGCCUGAGCCUAGGGAGGGUGUUGUUAGUCGUAUUCCUCCGUCAGCGCCGCCUUUGGAUGGUGGAAAUUUGUCUAUAGUUGUGAAUCUUGAAGGGACUUCAUCAUCAGGUAAAACUACUAUUGGUGGUGGUGGAUCAAGCUCGAGAUUGAGCUCGUUUAGAAGGAUUCUUAGCAAGGAGAGAUCAUCUCGACGACUUCAAGUUGAAGAUCCUGAGAGCAGUGGCGGAUGCAGAAUUUAGACGUUGUGGUUUCUGAAUUGAGAAAAUGAAUAUAUACAGUUCAACCUUGGAGCAUUGGAUACUGUCGAACCAAUGAACUCAUGGUUGGAUCUGUCACUGAACUUGAAAGUGAUAGUAAUAUUUCGCAAUAGGUAUGAUUACAAAUACUAUUUUUUUGUUUGUUUAUAUUUUAAAUUCCAUUGUGCUUCUCCAUUUUCUUAAUUAGUCACAGUGAGACACAUAUAGAGUACAUGAGACGCAUUGAUAAAUUAUUUCUCCGGCCAUAGUGUUUUGUAUGCUUAUUUUGCCAGAUGACUUUGAUUAUACUUUUGUGUAUAUCAUAUGUGAAAUUUACUGUAAAUAAAAAGAAUGGAGUUUGAUAUUA